GGAAGGCUCGGAGGACAACGGGGCCCCGAGAGGGAAUUUCUGCGUUGUGGGCGGGGCGCAGACGGAGGGCGCCGUACUCUCGGCGCUAGCUUCACUGCAUACUACCUCAAGGUGCGGUAGCCAGUUAACGUCUGCGGCUCAGGCCCUGUGCUCCUCUCAGGCACCUGCUGCCCGGGACCCCCGUCUCAGCGGCUCUUCUGCAGCUGGGCCUAGACGCUCCGCUGCCUCCUUGGGCCUGAGGGGCUCCUCUGUACUUAAACUUUGGGAUCUUGCCUGGGGGUUCUUCCUAGGGCAAUCUCUUGCAUUCCCAUGGCUUCCGUUACCUACUUCAUGCUGACCAUUCACAACCCAGCCAGCUACAUGGACGAGAUCUCCAAUUGAUUGUGCUGAUGUAUGGAGUAGGAGUCACAAGGAAUCUACCUCUCCACCUAGACAACAGUUGUACCAGCAGCAACUCUCUGAAGUAACUAUGUUGGAACUCUGGAGUCUAUUCGAAUGCUGUUACACCUUCCAAGGGAGAGCUGGGCUGGCAUUAAAAAAUAUUUAAUCAUUCAUGUGUUGAGACUCAUUCUUGAGUUAUGGAUGACAAGGCUUCUGUUGGAAAAAUCAGUGUCUCUUCAGACUCAGUAUCUACUCUUAAUAGUGAAGAUUUUGUCUUGGUUUCCAGGCAAGGAGAUGAGACACCAUCUACAAAUAAUGGAAGUGAUGAUGAGAAAACAGGACUCAAGAUUGUAGGGAAUGGAAGUGAACAGCAGCUGCAAAAAGAGCUAGCAGAUGUACUGAUGGAUCCUCCAAUGGACGACCAGCCAGGGGAAAAGGAGCCUGUGAAAAGGUUACAACUGGAUGGUGAAGGAGAUGGGCCUCUUUCUAAUCAGCUCUCCGCUUCAUCCACCAUUAACCCUGUGCCAUUAGUAGGGCUCCAAAAACCAGAGAUGAGCCUGCCAGUGAAACCUGGACAAGGAGGUUCUGAAGCUUCAAGUCCUUUCACACCAGUGGCCGAUGAGGACAGCGUAGUUUUCAGUAAACUGACUUACUUAGGCUGUGCCUCAGUAAAUGCUCCCAGGAGUGAAGUGGAAGCCUUAAGGAUGAUGUCCAUCUUAAGAAGCCAGUGUCAGAUUUCACUAAAUGUUACCCUUUCAGUGCCAAAUGUAUCUGAAGGAAUUGUGAGACUCUUAGAUCCUCAGACAAACACUGAAAUAGCAAACUACCCUAUCUACAAAAUUCUCUUCUGUGUCAGAGGGCAUGAUGGAACUCCUGAGAGUGACUGUUUUGCUUUCACUGAAAGUCAUUACAAUGCAGAACUCUUCAGAAUACACGUCUUCCGGUGUGAAAUACAAGAAGCUGUAAGCCGGAUACUUUACAGUUUUGCCACUGCCUUCCGCCGUUCUGCCAAGCAGACCCCACUUUCAGCCACUGCUGCACCCCAGACUCCUGACAGUGACAUCUUUACCUUCUCUGUGUCUUUAGAAAUAAAAGAAGAUGAUGGUAAAGGUUAUUUUAGUGCAGUUCCCAAAGAUAAGGACAGACAAUGCUUUAAACUACGCCAAGGAAUUGAUAAGAAGAUUGUCAUCUAUGUGCAGCAAACAACUAAUAAAGAACUUGCCAUUGAAAGGUGUUUUGGUCUUCUCCUUAGUCCAGGAAAAGAUGUACGAAAUAGUGACAUGCACUUAUUAGAUUUGGAAUCUAUGGGCAAAAGUUCAGAUGGAAAGUCCUAUGUUAUUACUGGGAGCUGGAAUCCAAAAUCCCCACAUUUUCAAGUUGUAAAUGAAGAAACUCCUAAAGAUAAAGUCCUGUUUAUGACCACAGCUGUAGAUUUGGUAAUAACAGAAGUACAGGAGCCUGUUCGAUUUCUCCUGGAGACAAAAGUCCGCGUUUGCUCACCUAAUGAAAGAUUAUUCUGGCCCUUCAGCAAACGUAGUACUACUGAAAAUUUCUUUUUGAAACUAAAACAGAUAAAGCAAAAGGAGAGAAAGAAUAAUACUGACACUUUAUAUGAAGUUGUAUGCUUGGAAAGUGAAUCAGAAAGAGAGAGGAGGAAAACUACAGCCAGUCCUUCAGUUCGCCUGCCACAGUCUGGAUCGCAGAGUUCAGUGAUACCUUCUCCUCCAGAAGAUGAUGAAGAGGAAGAUAAUGAUGAACCUCUCCUGAGUGGAUCUGGUGAUGUAUCCAAAGAAUGUGCAGAAAAAAUUCUUGAAACAUGGGGAGAACUGUUGUCAAAAUGGCAUCUCAACUUGAAUGUGAGACCAAAGCAGUUGUCAACCUUAGUAAGAAACGGUGUCCCUGAAGCUCUUCGGGGAGAAGUCUGGCAGCUGCUAGCAGGCUGUCAUAACAAUGACCACCUGGUAGAAAAAUACCGCAUUCUUAUCACAAAGGAGUCUCCCCAGGACAGUGCUAUCACCCGGGAUAUUAACCGAACGUUCCCAGCCCAUGACUACUUUAAGGACACAGGAGGAGAUGGACAAGAUUCCUUAUAUAAAAUAUGCAAGGCUUAUUCUGUGUAUGAUGAAGAGAUUGGUUAUUGCCAGGGCCAGUCAUUUCUUGCUGCUGUGCUCCUUCUCCAUAUGCCUGAAGAACAGGCAUUCAGUGUUCUGGUCAAGAUCAUGUUUGACUAUGGGCUGAGGGAACUUUUCAAGCAAAACUUUGAAGAUUUGCAUUGCAAAUUUUACCAAUUGGAGCGCCUCAUGCAGGAAUACAUUCCUGACCUGUACAACCACUUCCUGGAUAUAAGCCUUGAAGCGCACAUGUAUGCCUCCCAGUGGUUUCUUACUCUCUUCACUGCAAAAUUCCCUCUCUACAUGGUCUUCCAUAUCAUCGACCUGCUUUUAUGUGAGGGAAUAAGUGUCAUUUUUAAUGUCGCCCUUGGAUUAUUAAAGACUUCGAAAGAUGACCUGCUGUUGACAGACUUUGAAGGUGCCUUGAAGUUCUUUAGGGUUCAGCUUCCUAAGAGAUACCGCUCAGAAGAAAAUGCAAAAAAACUAAUGGAAUUAGCCUGCAACAUGAAGAUUAGUCAGAAGAAGUUGAAAAAAUACGAGAAAGAGUAUCACACCAUGAGGGAACAGCAGGCCCAGCAAGAAGACCCCAUCGAGCGAUUUGAGCGGGAGAAUAGGCGUCUACAAGAAGCUAACAUGAGAUUGGAACAGGAAAAUGAUGACUUAGCCCAUGAGCUGGUGACCAGCAAGAUUGCACUACGGAAGGACCUGGAUAACGCUGAGGAAAAGGCAGAUGCUCUGAAUAAGGAGCUGCUGAUGACCAAACAGAAGUUGAUUGAUGCAGAAGAAGAGAAAAGACGGCUGGAAGAAGAGUCUGCCCAGUUAAAAGAAAUGUGCCGUCGGGAACUUGACAAGGCAGAAUCUGAGAUUAAAAAAAACAGUUCUAUCAUUGGUGACUAUAAGCAGAUUUGUUCUCAGUUGAGUGAAAGACUGGAGAAGCAGCAGACAGCCAAUAAGGUGGAAAUUGAGAAAAUUCGGCAAAAAGUGGAUGACUGUGAGCGGUGCCGGGAAUUUUUCAACAAAGAAGGGCGUGUAAAAGGCAUAAGCUCAACCAAGGAGGUUUUAGAUGAGGACACGGAUGAAGAGAAAGAGACGCUCAAGAACCAGCUGAGAGAGAUGGAGCUAGAACUGGCACAGACCAAACUCCAGCUGGUGGAGGCCGAGUGUAAGAUACAGGACUUGGAGCACCAUUUAGGGCUUGCCCUCAACGAGGUGCAGGCAGCCAAGAAGACGUGGUUUAACCGAACACUGAGCUCCAUAAAGACAGCAACCGGGGUUCAAGGGAAAGAGACUUGCUGAGAGCAGCUGCCGCCUCCCGACACCUUCAGAAAACAUGACACCUUUUGUUGCCUUCUUUGGCCAGAUGUGUGAUUCUGUGACUUGUCCUAGGACCAGAAUGUACCUAAGUCAGAUCCAUAGACGCAUGUUGGUAGGUCACUGGACCAGAGCUCAUGAAGCAGGCAACCUCUGGGGUAAGACUACUGAUACUAACAGGCCUGCUAGCUCAGCCGAUGCUCUGGACACUCUAGAAAUCACUCCUCAGUGUGACCUUCCAGGCCUCUUCCCCAUGUAGGUCAACACCUCACCCAGCCUGAAGACUGAGUUUACAUGAUCAGAGUUAGGGGAUCCUUCAGUCUGUUUUUUUUUUUUUUUUUCCUAAAUUUUUUUUUUUUUUAUAAAUAUAUAUUAUAUAUAUAUAUAUAUAUAGUGGGGGUGGGGCAGGGGAUCAGAGAUUCAAAUAAUUCUUUUCUGCUUCAAUGCCAGCAGAAGGUCCCCCAGGUAGACAUGGAGAAGCACUUUGUUUUAAAUAGGAGGGUUUCAUAGUUGCAUCUGAAGGCACCUGGUUCUGUUAAACUGUAUCAUAUGCAGGUUUUGGGUUUGGCAUUAUUCAUGUUUCUGAUCAAUUCUAUGCAACUCUCAUAGUUCCUGUUAUUUUUUAGCAUUAGCUGCCAAAUGACUUCAAAAGGCGGGGGUGGGUGACUUGACUGUGAGACUGGAUUAUAACAUGGACAAAUCUUAUUUUGCUUAACGUGUCGUGUGUGUGUGUGUAUGUGUAUGUGUGUGUAUAUAUAUAAAUAUCUUUCCCAACAUGCCCAGUUGACAGUGUUUAAAUUCCAGACUAGGACUGCCGAUCUGCACAAUUUUAUUAUGUGGUUAUUUGAGCACUUAAUUUCACUCAAGGUUCAUUGGGCUCUGCUCUGCUCUCCUCCCUGCCAUUGCGGGAGCUGUGGACAGAGCUCCCUUACUUCAAGAUUCCUAGUGUUUUUGCACAACAGGUUGUCCAAGCGAGAAAGACUGAGCUGCGUGUCUGUAAAUGUCUGCGCAGGGUGCACAUGCUGCAAGGUCUCCAUUCUGCGGGCCUGUCCCUCCCAGAUGGGCUGGGCCUUUGGGCCCUCCUCAGAGUAUGCCUGGGUGCAAACCUCACUGUUCAGAUGGGCUGCAAGUUCUCACUUCAAAGCUAUGGAAUGGAGAUUUUAGCACCUUUAAAAAAAAAAAAAAAACUUUGACUUCUAAUUUAUAUAGUGAUAUGCUGACAGGCUGACACGCAGAUGGUUUUGUCCUCUUCUCUGCGUUCAGUGUUGAGGUGGCUGCUUACAAGAGGCACUGGUUUUGUAUAUAAAGACACUCGGGUUGUUUUGUAGCUCUUUUUCUUAUUGGCUGUACUAACGCUUGCUGAGGUUAUCUGUAAUAAAGGCGGUAACAAGUGGCAACCCCCUCCCCACCAACCAUCCCCUUUGCUGCUUUCUGUGUCUUUCUUGUUCAGUUACCAAAAUAGCUGUAAGCCUAUCUAAUGCUAGGUGUGUGGACAUUGUGCUAGGGUAGUUUCAGUGUGUCAACUUUAUGAAUUGAAAUAUAAACCAGUAAAAUUGUAUUACUGUUUCUUUUGUUGGUUUUAUUUUAACAGCAUAUUCAUUAAAUAUUUUGGUACAAACAGCA